UCAUUCGCGGUUCUUGGCAGAUAAUGCGUAAUGUGAGCGGUUAAUCUGUAUCCCAAAGUUUAUAUGACAUCCCAGGAUUUUUGGCAUCUUUAAGACGAUGAUUGUCGUAAAACGGAUAUACUUGCUUAUAGCGCUCAUCUACAGAUUCAUCAUUGUUUGUUAUACCUGUAGCUGCCAAGAAAAACAUCCCCAAUCAGUCAUCUGUGAUGCAGAAUGGGCUUUUCUUGGAACUGUACAGGGGUCUCAGAAUUUUACCGGAGUCAGUGGAAAAGCUCAGCAAAAAUACGAGAUCUAUAUCAACAAAGUCAUCAAGGAUAAAACAAAGUCAAAGCUUAAGGAUAAAGCAAUAGCAGUAGUGAUAACUCCUUCCCCGCUUGAUGAGUGUGCCGUCAAAGUAGAAAAAGACCUUAAAGCCAUAUUCACAGGGACAUUUGACAAUUUUGGAUCUCCAACCAUGAACAAAUGUAACUGGCAUGAAGAUUAUUCCAAUGUCCCAAAAUGUCAAAGAAGAAAUCUGUUCAGGAGACUAUAUGAGAAAAAUUGCGGAUGUACCGUCUGCCUUCCUGGUGAAUGUCCAACAGACGGCGCCCCGCACUGUGUCUGGCGUUCCCAUGACGACUGUGACAACAAACACAGCCAUUGUGCCAUGUAUUCAGGAUGUAACAAGUGUUCUUGGAGACGCUGUACUUCUUACUAUGAUUGCGAGGAUGAACUAGAUAGAUAGUCUUCGCGUAUCCAAGAAUACCCUGCCAUUUAGUAUUCAUUAUUUUAUUAAAUGACGGGAGGUGUUGUUCUGUUAACCAGUCCAACAGAUAACCGGAUUCCCCCGAAAUACUCCAAAACAUUAAUCAUAUUUGGAGAGGUUUUGGCGGUAGAAGUUCCGUUUCUGGUUGGCUGCCAUUGCUUGCCCUUUGUGAUGAUCUCCAUUAGCAUCUGUAAACUCAUGUUGUUGUUAAUUCACGAAUGCAUGCAAUACUUAAAUUAUUUUUAAAUACAAUGAAUUUGUGUUGUA